CCUGCCCCCGGCCCGCGGCGUCGGCUCUCCCUGCUCUUCCCCACUCCCUUUUGUCCCUUCGGGUUUGUCCUCCCCUCCCCGCCCUCCCUGCCCUGGCCUUCUGAUUUGGGGGAGGGGGUCCUUCGGUGUUCUCCCAGAUGCUCUUCUUUCACCCAGGAUCCCCCUUCCUCUGUUUCGUUUGCCUGCUCCCUCCUUCCCCCCGGCCUCGGCUAGCGAAACCCAGGAGAUGGGGAGGGACUCGCCCAUCGUAGAGUGGUGGUUGCCGGCAGACAGUGAACAGAGUAUCUGUCAGGCAAGAGCUGCUGUAAUGGUUUAUGAUGAUGCCAACAAGAAGUGGGUGCCAGCCGGUGGCUCCACCGGGUUCAGCAGAGUACACAUAUAUCACCAUACAGGCAACAACACGUUCAGAGUGGUGGGCAGAAAGAUUCAAGACCAUCAGGUUGUGAUAAAUUGUGCCAUUCCUAAAGGGCUGAAGUACAAUCAAGCUACACAGACUUUCCACCAAUGGCGGGAUGCUAGACAGGUGUAUGGUCUCAACUUUGGCAGCAAAGAGGAUGCCAAUGUCUUCGCAAGUGCCAUGAUGCAUGCCUUAGAAGUGUUAAAUUCACAGGAAGCAGGGCCAACAUUGCCUAGACAAAAUUCACAACUACCUGCUCAAGUUCAAAAUGGCCCAUCCCAAGAAGAGUUGGAAAUCCAGAGAAGGCAGCUGCAAGAACAGCAGCGACAGAAGGAGCUGGAGAGAGAGAGAAUGGAGAGGGAAAGGUUGGAGAGAGAACGACUAGAGAGAGAGAGGCUAGAGAGGGAGCGCCUGGAACAGGAGCAGCUGGAGCGCCAGCGCCAGGAAAGGGAACAUUUGGAGCGUCUGGAGCGGGAGAGGCUGGAGCGCCUGGAGCGGGAGAGGCAAGACCGAGAGCGCCUGGAGCAGCUGGAGCAAGUGGAGUGGGAGCGAGAGCGCAGAGUGUCCAAUGCUGCUCCAUCUUCAGACAGCUCCCUGUAUAGCGCUCCACUUCCUGAGUAUUCCAGUUGCCAGCCUCCUUCAGCACCUCCUCCAUCAUAUGCUAAAGUCAUCUCAGCUCCAGUGUCAGAUGCCACUCCUGAUUACGCUGUAGUGACUGCUUUGCCACCUACUUCCACACCCCCUACACCACCACUGCGACACUCAGCGACACGUUUUGCAACAUCUCUAGGUUCAGCCUUCCACCCUGUUCUUCCCCAUUACGCCACAGUUCCUCGUCCUCUGAACAAAAACUCUCGACCUUCUUCUCCUGUGAACACACCCUCUUCUCAGCCUCCAGCUGCGAAGUCCUGUGCCUGGUCUACUUCCAAUUUCUCGCCCCUCCCUCCAUCUCCUCCGAUAAUGAUUAGCAGCCCUCCUGGCAAAGCUACCGGCCCCAGGCCUGUCCUCCCCGUCUGUGUCUCCUCUCCCGUGCCCCAAAUGCCUCCGUCACCAACAGCACCCAAUGGGCUGCUGGACUCUGUAACAUACCCAGUGUCUCCACCGCCUACCUCAGGGCCAGCAGCGCCGCCGCCGCCUCCGCCGCCACCGCCGCCGCCGCCACCACCGCCACCGCCACCACCGCUGCCUCCCCUCACUUCUUCACUCUCACACUGUGGAUCACAGGCUUCUCCUCCUCCAGGCACCCCUCUUGCCUCAACUCCCUCAUCCAAGCCCAGUGUUCUCCCUUCUCCCUCUGCAGCUGCCCCUGCCUCUGUGGAGACCCCUCUAAAUCCUGAGCUGGGAGACUCCUCUGCUUCCGAGCCAGGCUUGCAGCAGGCAGCCUCUCAGCCGGCCGAGACGCCAACCCCACAGGGCCUUGUCUUGGGACCACCUGCACCUCCACCACCCCCACCCCUCCCAACAGGCCCUACCUAUGCCUCAGCACUUCCUCCCCCGCCUGGACCACCUCCACCACCUCCACUGCCAUCUACUGGGCCUCCUCCACCUCCUCCCCCACCCCCUCUUCCUAAUCAAGUUCCUCCUCCUCCUCCGCCACCUCCUGCCCCUCCUCUCCCUGCAUCUGGAAUUUUCUCUGGAUCCAUGUCAGAAGACAAUCGCCCGUUAACUGGACUUGCAGCUGCAAUUGCGGGAGCAAAACUUAGGAAAGUGUCUCGGGUGGAGGAUGGCUCUUUCCCAAGUGGAGGGAGUACUGUGGGUGUGAACUUGGCCUCAUCCAAAACAGAUGCUGGUCGUGGGAAUGGACCCCUUCCUCUAGGGGGUAGCGGCUUAAUGGAGGAGAUGAGUGCCCUGCUGGCCAGGAGGAGAAGAAUUGCUGAAAAAGGGUCAACCAUAGAAACAGAACAAAAAGAAGACAGAAGUGAAGAUUCAGAGCCUGUAACUUCUAAGGCCUCUUCAACAAGUACACCUGAACCGACCAGAAAACCUUGGGAAAGAACGAACACAAUGAAUGGCAGUAAGUCUCCUGUCAUCUCCAGACGGGAUUCUCCAAGGAAAAAUCAGAUUGUUUUUGACAACAGGUCCUAUGAUUCAUUACACAGACCCAAAUCUACACCUUCGUCACAGCCCAGUGCCAAUGGAGUCCAGACAGAAGGACUCGACUAUGACAGACUGAAGCAGGACAUUUUAGAUGAAAUGAGAAAAGAAUUAGCGAAGCUGAAGGAAGAGCUUAUUGAUGCAAUCAGGCAGGAACUGAGCAAGUCGAAUACUGCAUAGAGAAGCGAACUAAGAGAGACAGGACUUGAAUCUGGAGAAAAACAAGAAUUCCUACAAACAACUGUUAACAACCCCCUACGAUUUUUAAGCUGUAAGAAGAAAAUGGAUACAGUCAGGAGGGAAAAAGCGCCAACCUCUGAAAGCCUUCAGACAUAGCGACCCUGGCAACCAGCUGCUCCCUCCCGGCGUGCUGCUCCUGUUCUGACCUUUACCGCAGGAUGAAGAAUUGUUUGAAUUCCCUAGCAGUACUAAACCCAUCAGGCAAGAAGUAUUUUCAUGUCUAGAUGAAACUGCACGUUUUCCACAAUCCAUUGCUAAAAUAAAGAUAAAGGCUUAGGAGGUUUUUUUAGGGGGCGCUGAUGAAGAAUUUAAUUUAGCAAGUUCUGCUGUUGCAUUGUAAAUGUUUCUCUCAGGUUUGUCUUCCUAUCAUAUUUGAUAUUCCGUGAAUAGUUAAGAUCAUAAAAUAUGGAACAAAUGGAAUUGUAUGUGCUUUCAAAGGGUGGUAUUUAUAAGAAAGGUCCUAAAAUGUUUAGUCCCACUUGAGGAAUUUAGAAUGAUAGGAAGUCUCUCGGGUUAGCCUUCAUGCAAUUUUGUAGUUUAAAACAAAAUCCGUCCAGAAUUUAAAUAUUUAGAUGCCUUCCUAAAUUGUUACAAUGCUUUACCAAAUCUAUGACUUCUAUAUACAAACAGUGGUCAAAUGUAAAACAUUCUAUUAUAGAUUUCCUGUAGGUUUUCAACCUUUUUUAGACUUAUGCAUGCGGACAUUUUUAUAAUGUAAUUACAAUCACCACAAAGUUAGCUUUUUUAAUUACAGACAAUAAUGCAUGUCACACUAAUAUGUAGUGGCCUUUUCAAGGCCUAGUCCCAGGGGAAAAUAUUUUGUAGAAUAUAGGGAAGUGGGAGGAAGGGGAGGAAUAAUUUUUUAUUUAAAGUUAAUUCUGCACUAUUUUUUUCUCAAUUAUCUGCAUGAAUUAUGAGAAAUAUUUUGUGACUUUAGUCGAUAAACAUGUUAACAAAACCAAGUACUUAAUCUUUUACAUCAUGUCUUCAGCUCUUUGUAUUUUAACCAGCAAUUCCAAUGGUCUGAAGCAUGAUUCUGAGCUUCACAUGAAUUACAUCUCACUGUGGAUCUCCAAAGUUUGAUCACUGAAUUUGGCAGUUGCUCUCACCAGGUCCCUGCAGUGUUGCAGGUGUUUGGGUGCAUGCUCCUGAUUGGACGCUGCUCUUGACCUUGGUUGUGCUAAAAUACAGGAAAUAUCAAUGAUGGCAGCAGUUGGGGUCACAGAAGUCACCAGAUAAAGGGAAACCAGUGGGGAGUUCUGCAGUUUUCUUUUCAUAAAACUGAAGUGAUACUUAGACCCUGAGAGAGAGAGAGAGAGAGAGAGAGAGAGAGAGAGAGAGAGAGAGAGAGAGAGAGAGAGAGAAGAGGAGAGGAGAGAGAUUGAGAUUGUUGGAUGUGUUCCACCCCUUUAUGUUAUAAUUGGCAAGAUUAAAAUAAGGGAGAAAUUCUAUUUGUUGUAAUGUUAGCUUUUUGGAAAAUCUAGGAAAUCAAAAAUUCUCCAGGCUCUCCAUCAUGAUUUAUGCUUGAGUUGUUAAUGUGCCAUACUUGCUUUGGUUAUCAAAACGUUAAAAAAAAAAAUGGGGGAAAUAAUCCACUUUCUUUUGCUUUCUAGAUUUCGUACGUCUCAGUUUUAAAACAAAGCUUGAUGACAGCGUAGUUUUCUAAACACUACAAUUUGCAGUCAUCACACUACCGAGAAGUUGAAUGAGGAUUUUUUUUUUUCCUUGUUAAGAGUUUGUUUCUGUAGAAACUUCAUUUUUAGAUUAAACUGUGAGGGAUGAGCUACCAUAGUUCAAAUACACAGCUCUUUUUCUACCCAUUCUCUAUUGUCAUGCAGUAAUAGUAAAGGCAUUAAAGAUGCAGUUAAAAGGCAUUAAAGAUGCAUAAGUUGUUCUCUCAAAGAAAUAGUCAUUGCAUUUUACUGUUGAACUUCUGAUUAUGCGCUCCUUUGAUAAUGUAAAUGUGUGCAUCCCUUACAGAUCUGAUCAAACAUCACUUUUGAUUUUGUUGCUGAAGUUAAAUAGUCUGUAAUAGGUAGAGUACUGGGUAUCAGUGGUCCAAAGUGAGACAGAAUACUAAAGUCAGAUGCUAAGUCCUAAAAGAAACUGGUUUAUGCACUAAACGUUUUGUGCCUUGGUCUAAUAUUUAACACAAUGUCUGUGUAAAAUGAUAAAAAAAAAAAAAAAAAGAACCAGUGUUGACUCAUGCUAUAUCCUCCAUGAUAUUACAUUAUCCCACAUGGCUAAAUGUGUUCUUUCCUAGAAGCGUAAUUGGACUAUUCUGUAUGUUCACUGUCAUACAUGACAGUCUUGUCAUUGUUAGAGAUUUCAGUGAUUAAAAUGGGAAACCGAAGCUUAGGUUAUUUUCCCAGAACUGUUCCUUGGAACCAUAGUAUGAUGGUGGGUUUUGCUUUUGUGUGUUGAAUGUCUUCAGCUGAGUACAGUUUAGGGAUCCUUUCUAACUACAGGAAGGCACUGCUCUCCUCAACACUGUGAUCUGACCUGCGACAGCUCUACAACACACCCUGUAAAUGGCUAGCAAGUCAAUAGCAAACAACCUGAAUGUACAAACCUUAGUGCUGGUGCUGAAAUCUCUAAAGAAUAGUCGUCAUGAUCUCAAAGUUUGUUCAAAACUUACAAGCAUAAUGUGUCAAUCAGAACUAAAGAUGAAACAUUGAAUGUUGACUCCUCAUGCUGCAGGUGUAUUUCCUAUUUAGGUUUUUCAGUUCUCUGCUGUUUUUACCAUAACUGUUUCAUUUAAAUUUCUUACACGCUAACUUCAUUUGUGCGAUUGAAAUAAAAUUUCAGUAUAUACAUGU